AUGGCAGCACUGACCACCACCGACGGUCCUUUCGAUUGCGGUGAUGAGCCGUACAUGAUGAUGGAGGAAGUCCUUCACAACAACCUGGGCCACAAAGGUCCGCACCAGGGCUCCGAGGGCAUCCUCUACAAGGCUGUGGAGUACUACCGGAACCUGCACCGUGACGUGCAAGUCCAUCUCCACACGGAUUCGCUCUACAACCCCUGGAAUGUUUUCGCCAAUGGCCUGAACGGCCGCUUCGGCGUUUUCAACCAGCUCUCGGGGCAUCCUUUGGAUGUGACCUUCAGGUUCACCGACUUGACCGGCAAACCGCUGAUCCUCAAGUCGCUCAGCCUUUCCAUCUACGACAUGGACAGGGAUCAGAAUCCCGGUGAAGGCGUUGAAAACGUGACGCCUGUGACGACAGUCCACCGGGUCUAUCGAACCAGCGAUACUCUGGUCCAG